AUGAAGAAAGUAUUAGCGGUAAUUGCAGUCCUGGUCAGCCCAUUCCUUGUGGCUGAAAAAGGAUCUGCCUCCCUGCUCGAUAGCAAUUGCGCUACAUUAAAUCAAAACAAGUUUCUUAGGAAAAUUGCUGGAGGUUCUGAUGCCGGCAGAUUCUCGAAUCCAUGGAUGGUUAGGGUGAUGGUAACGGGAAAACUAAAGUGUGGCGGCUCCCUUAUCACCUCUCGUUUUGUAUUGACGGCAGCGCAUUGCGUUUCUAAUGGAAAUAUGACGGUGCGCUUAGGAGAAUACGACACGCGGAAUCCCAGAAGAGGUAUCGAAGUUAAUGUAGAUAGGAAAAUGUUUCUCCAAAAGUACAAAGAAUCGUACGACGAACAGUAUGACAUAGGCCUACUUCGAAUGGCGAAAGUGGUGCCGUUCUCAGUUCAUAUAAGACCGAUAUGCCUCCCCUUUAAUGUGGAAAUACCAAAUAUUUCACGAUUUAAGGUCAGUGGCUGGGGUAGGCUUCAAAAUGGUACAAUGAGUCACAUUCUGCAGACCGCUACUGUAUAUGCUAAGGAUCGUCAGCAAUGUGCCAAGAAAUUUUUUCGUACGGUUGAUAAAACCCAGAUUUGCGCCGGAAGUAUUGGAAGUGACUCUUGCGAUGGGGAUUCUGGAGGCCCUUUGUUCGCAUAUAUAGAUUACUUUGGACAGGUUCGACCCAUUCAAAUCGGAAUUGUCAGCUAUGGAUUAAUAGACUGUAAAGGUUUAACUGUUUACACAAAUGUGUCGCACUAUAUGAACGAGAUUAUGAAUGUUUUGGUUCGCAACUCAUAA